UACAGCACAGGCAUCUGUUCAAGAGUCAACAGCAGCUUCGACUUCACACACAGCAUCGCUCCAGCCUUUCAAAGAUGCGAGACCUACAUGGACAUAGUGAUUGUGUUAGAUGGAUCCAACUCCAUCUACCCCUGGUAUGAGGUUCAAGAUUUCCUGAUUAAUGUGCUACAGAAGUUUUACGUCGGUCCAGGACAGAUCCAGGUUGGGGUGGUCCAGUACGGUGAGAGAGUGGUGAACGAGUUUCGGCUGGAUGAUUUCCGUACGGUUGAGGAGGUUGUAGCGGCAGCUAAGAAUAUCGACCAGCGAGGUGGCGAGGAAACACGCACGGCUCUCGCGAUCAGUGAGGCUCG